GCAGGCAGGGUCGGCAGUUGGCUUUACUACUCAGAGAAGAAACCCCGUUGUUGUGGAGACGAAGAAAGGCUCAAAUAAUUCGAGGGCCGUUAAAACGUUAAACCCCCUUUUUAAAAAAAAAAAAAAUAUAUAUAUAUUAUUAUUUUUUAAGCGGGUCGUUUUUCCUCCCAACUUAUUUUUCGCCUUUGUGUUUAGCUAACAUGGCUUGUGGAGCAACGUUAAAGCGGUCGAUGGAGUUUGAGGCCCUCCUCAGUCCCCAGUCUCCCAAGCGGAGAAGGUGCAACCCACUACCGGGGACUCCUGGCACUCCGUCCCCGCAAAGAUGCAACCUCCGUCCCCCGGUCGACAGCCCCACGCAUUCGAUGUCUCCCCCGGCCAUGGGAGGCGAACACAGGCUCACCCCAGAGCAGAUCUUCCAGAACCUCCGUCAGGAGUACAGCCGGAUCCAGAGGCGGCGGCAGCUGGAAGGGGCCUUCAACCAGACCGAGGCCUGUAGCUCCAGUGAUGCCCCCAGCCCCAGUUCCUCCCUCAACGCUCCCAGCUCCCCACCAGGUGCCUCAAGGAAGGAUCAGCCCUCGUUUACACUGAAGCAGGUGAGCUUCCUGUGCGAGCGACUUCUCAAAGACCACGAGGAGAAGAUCCGGGAGGAGUACGAACAAAUCCUUAACACAAAACUCGCAGAACAAUAUGAAUCUUUUGUGAAAUUCACACAAGACCAGAUCAUGCGAAGAUACGGAGCCCGGCCUGCUAGUUAUGUCUCCUGAACUCACAUCGAUGAGAUCCCAGCUUCCUCUCACAAGAUGGCUGCUCUUCUACUUCCCCCUUUCAACUUGAUUUGGAUUUUAUUUACCAACCCCCCUCCUCCUCCCCCCCAUUUAAAAACUGUUUGGGUGCCAUGGUUUAUCUUCUUUUUAAUCCAAAAGUUGAUUUCUUACUUUGAAACUAUUGCUGCUGGCCAAAAGUUAGAAGAAUCUGAAAGAUAAACUGUGUAUGAAGCCCACUCUUUUUUUUGUUUUUUUUUUUUUUUUUUUUUUUGCCCUUUUUCUUGUUGAUAUACUCUUUCUGGAAAUCCUGACUAAAGCAGAUCUGUGUCAAAUCUCUUGCCGGCGCUGUAGAAAGCUUAUUGGCUCACGUGAUCAUCCUGUAUAACCUCCCAGCAGCUGUAUUUAAAGGCUCCUGCUUCUCACAUUGUUCCACUUUUCUUGCCCUCCCUCCUCCCCUCCCCUCUCCCCCUCACAACUCUUUACCUGAGAAUGUGGAUUUUUCUCCCUUUUGAAAAAAAUAAAAGUUCUGUGAUUAAAA